AUGGGCGUGAACCCGCUACAAAGUAUAAAACGUGGACGAGCAGGAAAACGUCCACCUUCGUCGAAGAGUGGCACGGCUACACCGCCAUCGAAGAGAAGCACAUCUGGUGGAAGCCCUGUAGGGAAUUCUGAUGCAGUAUUGUCAUUGGCAUCACAUAUUGGAUCAUCGCAUGCAGUUACUCCGGAGGCCGCGGAAAGGAUACGUUUGGCUGUCCAACAUUCGAGGGUUGCUGAAAAUUCUGUUGAAGACAAAGUUAAAGAUCUUCUAAUGCAUGCCAAAAAGGAGCAGCAGAAACUAGCCAAACAACUGUCGCAACCAGCUAUGGCAUAUUUGUCUUCACCAAAAUCCGUACGUGGUCCGCCUCCGUUGCCUGCUUCUCGUGCGCCAGCAUCCCGUCUGUCAGAUGCACAAUACGUUCCAAUUAAGAAUGAAGCUGAAGAAGUGGUUUCCUCAACAACGGCUUCGGUCGACGCUCCUCAUUCUACGGGUUUACGUCCACUAGUAGCACGUCCGUCGUCUUCUCAAGCAAAUCGCGAUCUCGCUAAAGUUGUUGGGCAGAUUCGUCCCAAGCUUAACCCGGAAGAAAGAGUAGAGUCAGGUUCGCCAGCGCCUUCGUCGAGCUCCUUGCCACAAACCACCACUAUAGCGGCUCCCAGUCCCACUAACCAACAACGAUCACAUGAUGUUUUGCUGUUGUCUAAGGACGAAAUACCGCUCAAGGAGAGAUUAAUGACCGUAUUCGUCAAUUAUUCUUGUCGUAUUGGUCCUCAUCUUGACCCUGCCAUGGUUGCUGGGAUUCGUCGCAAGUUCGGACCAUUCGCUACACAUCACGCUCUUCGAGAAGCUGUCCAGCAACUGUUGAAUUGUUCAAAAGACGAUGCGAUAACGUUAAAUCUUGUCCAGCCAGCCGCUGUUACACAGAUCUUAUCCGUUACUGGU